CUCGGUUUCAGCGCCACUCCUGCCACUCCCUUAACUUGAUAUCUGUUUACUUUAGAGGAGGCAGGUUUUGAGAAAGGAUCAUAAAUAUCCUGGCUCAGAGCCCUAGGAGCCAUGACAAGCAAAACAACAUACUUGCCUGAAGAUAGCCUUUAUGAUAUUUAAAUGUGUGGGUUAAAUUUUUAUCUACUUCAAUAACUGUUUUUUUUCCCCCUUUGUUUUCCUGUCUACCUCUUUGCUUUCUGUUCCUGCUCUGAAGCCCAGUGCAGGCAUCUCAGCAGGGAAAUUACUCCCGGGCUUAUUUGCAGGACAAACCUGUAAGGAAUAGUUUACAUUGAAGGAAGACAUCUAGACUCCCCGUUCUUUUCCGAGAUGGCACGUGUGAGUGGCUGUUUAAAAUAUUCUAUGUUUAUCUUCAACUUCUUGUUCUGGAUAUGUGGCUGCGUGAUCCUGGGAGUAGCAAUCUGGUUACGAGUAAGCAAAAGUGGGAAAGAGGUCCUCACUUCAGGGAACUCUGGCGGCAGUCCCUUUGUGGCCAUGAAUAUCCUGAUAGCUGUGGGUGCUAUCAUCAUGGUUAUGGGUUUCCUGGGCUGCUGUGGGGCUGUGAAGGAAAGCCGUUGUAUGCUACUCCUGUUUUUCAUAGGGUUGCUCCUGAUCCUGCUUCUGCAGAUAGUAGCAGGUAUUCUAGGAGCCGCUUUCAAAUCUGAGACUAUUCGAGCACUAAAUGAAACACUCACAAGAGAUGUAACGUUUUUGAGUGAAACAGGGGAAGAGGGAAAAGAAUUCCGGGAAGCUGUGCGUGACUUUCAGGAAGAGCUUCAAUGCUGUGGCUUGGUCAAUGGAGCUUCUGACUGGGGAAAUAAUUUUGAACAAGUUUCUAAGUCAUGUGAAUGCCCAGAAAGAUCAUCUGCUAUUUGUGAAAUGUAUCAAGGAAAAUAUGUUUACAAAAAGACAUGUAUUUCUUUGAUUAAAGAUGUAGUUGAAAAAAAUUUCAUCAUAAUUAUUGGAAUAGCAUUUGGACUGGCAGCCAUUGAGGUAAUUGGCUUGGUGUUUUCUAUGGUCCUCUAUUGCCAGAUUGGAAACAAAUGAACCCAUGGAAGUGUCAAGAUAUCAUCAGUCAGACUUCUUGAAAAUUUUCCUUCAGCUUUGUAACUUUAAACAUACAAGUGCUGUAUAUAUCAAGAGCAGAUGCCUUGUGAAAAUAUCUCCUUGAGCUAGACUAUAGAUACCUUCUGCUCAUAUUGAACAUAUUUAAGGUUCGAAGGUAUAAGAAAAAUAAAACAAAGGUGUAAUUGUACUCAA